GACUCCUUCCUCCCAUCUUCCUCGUUGAGGAAGAGCACAGAAAAAAGAGGAAAAUUGAGAGUUGGCGAACUUUGCACAUCCUCAGAAACGCCAUUUUGAUUCCUCUCCGGAACAAGUUUGCAGUUUUUUUCCCUCCUCCCCCCCCCCUUCUCAGUCCAUCACUGCUCACCAUCAUCACUAUGUCUAGGCGCAAGCAGCCCAACCCCAACAAAGUCAGACAGAUGGAGAACGAGGAUGCGCGGCUGGGAGUCGGGGUCGCUGUGCCGCUGAGCAUGGAGCCAGGCCCAUCAGGAGAUGAGGAUGAAAGUGGGUCCGAGCGGCAGGAGGAGGAGCAUGCAGGAGGUGACAGCGAGGAGGCUGAGCGCUCCCCGGCUGGGGGAGGUGGGGAAGAGACGCCCCCUGUCAAUCCCACAACACCGACCGCUGCCCAGAUCAACGGGAACUCCACCUCCAACACGCCCACCAAGACGCCCGUCAAGUUGCCGGCCCCGAACCGCAUGCCAAGGCGGACCCAGGAUGCCAGGGAUGAGAUCUCAUCCUUCAUCUGCCCCUUAUGCGACAAGAACUGUGUCACGCAGCACCAGCUGACCAUGCACAUCCGACAGCACAAUUCGGACAGCGGGGCCACGGACCACUCGUGCAGCAUCUGCGGAAAGUCGCUGAGUUCGGCCAGCUCCCUGGACCGGCACAUGCUGGUACACAGCGGCGAGAGGCCCUACAAGUGCUCCGUGUGCGGACAGACCUUCACCACCAAUGGCAACAUGCACAGGCACAUGAAGAUCCACGACAAAGACCCCAGCACGGGCCUGAACACAAGCCCCCCCUCCCCCACCAAGCGACGAAGGCCUUCUGCCAAGAGGAAGCCCAGCCUAGGUGACGAGGGUGAGCGCACGGACGAGCCCCUGCAUAAAAAGGGUUCCGAGGAGAGCCAGGCGGGUGAGCGGGGCAAAGGCGGGGAGCUACAGCCCUGUCCCAUCUGCUUCAAGAGCUUUUUGUGCAAAUACGGCCUGGAGACGCACAUGGAGACGCACCCUGACAGCACGCUCAGGUGUGAGGUGUGCUGCAUCACUUUCCGCACUCACCGAGGUCUGCUGCGUCAUAACACCGUCGUUCACAAGCAGCUUCCCACCGACCCUGCCGGACGCCCCUUCAUCCAGAAUAAUCCCUCCAUCCCACUGGGUUUCAGUGACCUGGCCUUCAUUGACUUCUCCUGCAGGAAAUUCCCGCACAUUGCCCAGGUUUGGUGUGAGACCAACCUCCGCCGGUCUACCAGCAAGUUCCAUCGCUUUGUGUGUGAAACCUGCAACAGGGCCUUCCCCCUUCAGUCCGCCCUCAAUCUGCACUUGGCCAUUCACGAGGUUGAACAUUGUGAUUCAAAGGAAGCCCCACCCAGUCCUCGCAGUGAAACGCCACCAACUGCCAAGAAGGCCGGCUUCAUGGAGUCACUGGGCCUGCAGCACAUUUCCCAGAUGAAGCCAGAUCAGACGGAUGAGGAGGCCCAGCAAGCCGUGCUGGAUAGCAUACGGGUCAUCCGCGUGGAGCCGACGAUGCCCAGCCUACCUCAGGAGCCCAGUGGCAUUGCCCUUCCCCUGCCGGACCCGUCGUCACUCCAGGGCCUCUCCCAGGUGAGCGCCCUGAGCUUCCUUUCACUGCAGCCCUUCCAGAAGGGCUUCAUUGUGCAGCCUGACAGCAGCGUGGUGGUCAGGCCCAUCAGCAACGAGAACAGCGUUGAACUGGCUGAUAUUCAGCAGAUCCUGAAGAUGGCCUCCUCGGCGCCCAACCAGAUCACCCUACCACCGCUCUCCAAAGCCCCGAGCAACUCCACGCAGACCAGCUGCAAGCAGAUGCCUUCGCUCAAGCCAAAGCCACUGGUGGUCCCACGCACCAGCCUGGCCACUUCCACUCCGCCCCCACUCAUGAACGCCCAACAGGCCUCUCCAUGCUGCAUCAGCCCCAGCUUGCCGCCCCCCACUAACCAGCUGCUCCAGACACUGGGGGAGUCCUCUUCCUCCUCAUCUUCUCCCACCAGCGGCUACGACUGCACCCAAGAAAGAAGCGGAGAGAAGACCCAGCUCAACAUGGAUGCCUUGACACCCAUGGAGGCAGGCAACCAGAUAAUGGUGUCUGAGUUGAAGGGGGUAGGUGGCAGGAAGCCGGGGCGCAAGGAAGCUUUUCCCUGCCGCUUCUGUGACCAGGUCUUUGCCUCCACCAGUGUCCUGCAGGCCCACAUGCGCUUCCACAUGGGUGCAUCACCCUAUCAGUGCCGGAUCUGUGACUACGCCGCCCCCGACAAAGCCACUCUUAUUCGGCACCUGCGCACGCACAGCGGCGAGCGGCCCUAUGCCUGCCGCAUCUGCCGUUAUGCCUUCACUGUCAAGGCUAACUGUGAGCGGCACCUGCGCAAGAAGCACAUGAAGAACACGCGUAAGGAGAUAGAGAAGAAUAUUGAGUAUGUGUCCGGCGACUCCCCGGACUCCAUUGGUGGCGAGACGCUCUGUGGCUACUGCGGCGAGGACCUGAAGAGCUACCGGGCACUGCAGAUCCACCUGCGCACGCACGGUGGCUGCCAACGCAAGCCAUUCGAGUGCCGGCGGUGUGGGGCAGCCUUUCUGGCUAAGAGGAACUGCAUCCACCACCUGCUGAAACAGCAUCCCGAGGUACAGGAGCGAGAGAUCGAGGAGCACAUCUCCACUCUACUCCUCGAUUCUCCUACCGCCCCAUCGCCGGCUGCCCUCCCUCAGAACAGGCAGUUCCCUCAGCCAAUCAAGGUAGAAGAGAUCGGUUUCUAUGCUGGCGACCCAGACCAGCCACUGGACUUUUCAAGUAAGGGUCGAGGAGGUACCAUGGUGGGUCCUUGUGGGACGAAGCAGGAGGGGCUCCACCCGCCUCUGCCUGCCCCUUAUGAUACUUUCUUGGAACCUAUUGACCUCUCCAUCCCUAAGAAUCCCGAGAAGAAGUUGAGAAGACAUUACUGGUAUGCCGCCUACUGGACCCCCAUGGAGAUCAAGAGAGAGGAGCUGUCUCCUGGCACCAACCAUGUCCGACCCCAGGAUAAAGCCCUGGGUGAGAAACCUCGUCAAUUUGGGCCAUACCAGGUAUCCCUCGUGCCCCCUCAUACCAACGGACCUCUCAAUGCCAGUCGCCCAUUGAGGCUCAAGCCCUUGCUUCCCAAGCCAUUCUCAGCUCCUACGUCCUCUAAGGAACUCCCUCCACUGGCUUCCAUAGCACAGAUCAUCUCCUCUGUGUCCGUCGCUCCUGCUCUGCUGAAGAGGGAGAGUGCUCCCAGCAGCCCUGGAGGUGGGCCAGAACUGGUGCCAGAGAAGGGCACUGGGCUCCAAAAAAAUCCAGAGCCACCCAGUAAGCAACAGGCCGAGGGAGAAGGUGGUGCCAGUAAUGACUCCGUAGAUGAAUCCUCCCCAGAAAUCUCCAAGAAGAGAGGCAAAGCAAGGCCCAGUGAUGGCAGUGGCGACCAUCACACCACAGAACCUGGCGACAUCGAUCUGGAGUCCAGCGGAGAGUUUGCCAGCGUCGAGAAGAUCCUGGCCACCACCAACGCCAACAAGUUCAGUCCAUAUCUGCAGCCCGAUGCAGCAACAGCAGAGGCCCCCUUGAAGGAUGAGGCAAAGAGGCCUUCCACCAGUGAGGACGAGAAGGACAGCCAGGACGACAAGCAGCGGCCACGGCCUCAGACCAAGGGCAAGAAGAAUGCGUACUCCAACUCCCUACAGAAGAUGACCUGUUCCUACUGCCCACGUGUUUUCCCUUGGGCAAGCUCCCUCCAGAGACACAUGCUCACACACACAGGUCAGAAGCCAUUCCCCUGUCCUGAAUGCGACGCCCUGUUCUCCACCAAGUCCAAUUGUGAGCGGCACCUGCUCCGCAAGCACGGUGUAGCCAACCGGGCGCAGACGCAGCACAAUGGCACCGCGUCCAAGCCCAAGGCAUGCGAGGGCUCGCCAGAGAGUGCAGAGAGCAUGUCGGACUCAGACCCUGCUGCCGGGGAAGCACUUGACCUGAGUGGCACUGAGCCCAAUAAGGGGAUAGCUGGGUCCAAAAGGCCUGUAGCUGAAGAACAAAAACCAGAACCCACUGCUGUAGACCGACCUGUCCACCAGGGGGCACUAGAGCACAAUGGAGGGUGUGCAGAGCCACAGUGCGGUGAGAACCACCCUAAUGAGAAGGAUGACGACUCACAGAGUAACAAGAGCUUGGACUUGAACUUUGCCAGGAAGCUAAUGGACUUCAAGUUUUCUGAAGAAGAGCAGCAGCAUCACCCACCACUGCCAGGAGGAGGCAGUGCAGGCCUGGAGAGCUGCAACCAGGAAGAAUCAAAGCACACGUGCGGCAACUGCGGGAAGAGUUUCCGGCACGCUGCUACCCUGGUCCGCCACCAGAGGGUGCACGCUUCAGAGGGCCAGGAGGAGGACAGCAGGAAGGUGGUGCAACGAGUGGCAGAAGGCAGUCAGGACCCCGGCACUAGUGCAGAGGAGCAGCUCGACAAGGAGAGGAAGGAGAGCGAGGGAAUGGGGAGUGUCGGCGACAGCGGCUCCGAGGAAGAGGAGAAAGAGAAGGACGACAGGAGUGACGAGGACGGCGGGGCCACAGAACCAAAGAGCAGUGAGGGGGAGCCUGGAAACAAAGCCGACAAGAGAAAGAAGGUGUGCAGUGUGUGCAAUAAGCGCUUCUGGUCACUGCAGGACCUGACAAGGCACAUGCGCUCCCACACAGGCGAGCGGCCUUACAAAUGCCAGACGUGCGAGCGUACUUUCACGCUGAAGCACAGCUUGGUGAGGCACCAGCGGAUACACCAGAAGCCCCGGGGUGAGGAGGCACAGGGCGGUGGUGGUGGGAUUGCUGGGGGUACGGCCGGCGAGGAGGAGGGUGCCAGUGGGCGUUCAGGCAGCGAGAGCGAGUCCACACUGGGCAGCACCAACCCCUCCUCAGAGAAUGAAAGCGAAGGGGUGGGGCCAGCACAGCCUGUGGGGCGGGUGCAGCAGGGGGCCCUCAGGGAGGAGCAGGCAAAGCCGGGACAUCCCCAGGAACUGAUGGACCAGGCCACCGAACCUUUAGAGGAACAGUCCGAAGAUGCCCCAGGUAGCACAACAGCGCCCUCAGGAGACUACAUCGAGGACCUGCUGGAGCGCCCCGACAAGCUAACGUCCCUGGAGCACAUGUUGCCCCCCGGAGAACCCUCUAUGUUGGAGGUGGAGUGACAGGAACCCAUGUGAGAACCCGUGCCAUGCAACAAAUGCCUUCGAAUGCAACGAACUGUACUAAACAGAAACAAAGCAAAAACACUUCCUGAUUCUUAGUGCCUUACUACUACUUUUAUUACUUUUAUAUAUAUAUAUAUAUAUAUAUAUAUAUAUAUAUAUAUAUAUAUAUAUAUAUAUAUAUAUAUCUCAAGAUAUAUUUGAUGAGCGGCGUAAUUUUACGUAGCAUUUUUAUAAUUUUUUUUGUCACAACUUUGAUUACGAAAUUUAAGCAUUAAACAAUCGAGUGCAUCUUCUUUAGGUGACAAAAUUUAAAUGAGUACCAUGGCGGUGCUUGUGUUAAGCAGGAGCCUGUGAGUUCCUGCCGUAUGGGGACACUAAGGCUUGAAUAUGAUCACUUAACUGGAAGAAUGGAACAGUCACAUGGUCUCGGUGGACUUCCUGUUCCCCUCCCCACUUAAUCCUCAGCGAACGUUUUGGAGUCGAGACAAAGAUGUUUUAAUUUCUUGUGAGACUGAAUAACUGUGCUGGGUUAUUAGACACUUAAAGACACCCAGGAGAGCUGAUCGUUAUUUUAAGGUGUAACUGAAAGCUUCAUUCUUUUAAACUAGGUGCUCAUUCUAAUGACUCUUCUUUUAGUAGACACAUGGGCAAUGCUUGUCUUGAGUUAUUUUAUUUCAUCUUUUCCAUCUCACAUCUGCACACUAGAUCUUCCAGCUAUACUGACAUCUGGUGUGCUUGAAAAUGACAUCGCUCAUGAGCUGAGUGGGCGGGGCCUGACUGGCCUGUUUUCCCAUGCGUGGCCCCAAAUGUUCGGCAGAACGUCCUGCUUGUCCUCCUGAACCGCUGAGUAACGUUCCAAUGAUCUCCAAGAUGUCUUCCCAACUCCCUUCCAAUCAAAACACCUUACACAGGAAUUUUGGGAUCACCAACACGGUGUCCUAAACCCUGUAUGUGUGAGAUGGCACCACCCAGAAAAUUCCCUCUGUACUUGAACGUUGUUCCCUGCUGUCCUUGUUCUGGGGGUGGUGUUACACACCCCUUGGCCCUUUUGGGCCUCCGCUAGGAGGAUUCUGACCAGCAUCAUAAUCAGCUCAGAGGCUAGAUUUUGUUUAUAAUUAUCUUUUUGACGUAUGUAUUUUUUUUUCCAAAGGAACCUCAGAAACAAAACGAACCUCAAGGUGCAAAUCCGCUAGAGUAGAACAGACGUUCCCAAGUCAGUAAACAGAGAACGUUUUUUCCACAUCAGCCAGCACUGUGUACCCAGUUUUGAAAAUCUCGAAUCUGGCAAUAACCAAAAUAACCACGAGUGCAAAGUGGAAAGCAGGCGAGAGAGAAAUAAAUAGUUUGCAAAAUGAGAUGUUUAGAAUGAACAAUGUGUGGUUCUAGAUCUGGUGAUGGGAAAGCUUUCUCCUGAUUGGUCCGUCUCAAUUAAAACCCCACUUCCUGUUGCCGCCUUUAUUGGAAACAUCCAAUGAGCAGCCGAAACAACACAGGGUCGAGGUAUGUAUGUACUCUACCCUAUUCCGCCCAUGCAGGAAGUGCGAGUCUGCAGAGUCUUGUCCAAUCACUGAGUGUGGAAUUUUAGCAUAAAAAAUUUCCACCUAUCCCAUCACCUGCUCUGUGGAGUAUGUUUCUAUGCAGAUAAGGAUUACAGUAAAGCAGCUGAUGCUGAUUUUAAUAUUUAUUGAGGACCCAGAGUGUGGUAAGAGGUUAUUUGAGAAGCCAUUGAUCACAUUUAUGCCACAGAGAAAAACAGUAGUCUCCCAGUGACAACCUGAGACUCGUCUUAGCAAUAAUCACUAUUGAUUCUAAAGCUUUAUUUAGACAUUAAUCUAUGUUUGUAGGAAGUGUGGUCUGUUUGGUUAAUAUUAGUUUGACAAUUACAUGAAUAUAAAUAUAUAUAAAAAACUGUGAAAAGUAUGUGUUCAGUAAUGGGUGACUCAUAGGCUAGUUUUGCAUGAUAAUCUAAUUUCUUUUUCUUUUAAUCAUUUUUUUCCUUUCUCAGGGCUUUUACAGAUUAUGCAUAUUCAAUAUUUUCUCUAGUAAAGAUGUCUUCCAAUUUGUGAUUUUUAUAAAUAAAAAUUUCAAUCACUACAUUCAGCACUUGACUGUGAAUUCAGAGAGAGGAACAGAAGCUGGAGUACUCACUCAGCCAAGAGCGCCCCCUAGUGUCUUGCCUCAUUUAUGUCUAGCACCGUUUUCAUGACUAUGGCACAGUGACUUUUUGCCUAUUUUCUUCCCCUUGGCUUUUGAGAGAGUGAGGAGGGACGAAUGAGCGCAGUGUCGACCAAUGGGAUGGCUCGUUGUAUCACUGUUGAAGUACUGACUGUAUGACCGCUAAAGGGAUCUCCAAAUUGCUGCUAUUUCACACCGGACAGGUUCUGUGUCUGCCCGGUCAGCACCAGCUGACCGCUGGCACCCCAGUGCUCCUCCGUAUCACGUUGUACGGUGCUUCCGUUUCAGAGUAAGCUGUUCUGUAUUGGAAUCAUUAAACCGAAAAUAAAACAUUAAAAAAAGGAUGUUAAAACACAA